UCUACUCCGUUCGUAUUUACCCUUAUGAGUUACUCGCUGCGUGGGUUUACCGUGUUCCCGCUGAUAUUUACGUGUUUUAUCAACUAUUUGCUUCACUAACGCGUUUUCUGACGUAGCUGUAAACUAAACUGAAAUUGUUUAACAAACCAGCUCGGGAGUAUUAUUUUUAGGUCAUUGUUCACUCGCCUUUAUUACUGUGUAACAUUAGCUGUAGUAGCACUUUAAUGGACAGUUGUCGUAUGUUAGGUUUUUGUAGUUUGUGCUACUAGUCUGCAGUGGGACUCACUUUUACGGCAUUUAUAUAAUUCAUAUGGAAUAUUCCCACAGAUCUGUCACUCAUGUACGGGGUAAUUAUUAAGCUAACAUCCAGGUAUGGUGCGUGGAAGCAUUUCAAUUGGCUUAACGUAAAAACAAGAACGUGCUGAUAGAAGGGUUGUAAAUAAUUUUUUGUUAUCAUUGCAGUUUCGUUAUUAGCUCUAACUUGGUGUAGUUAAACAGUAGUGGUUGUUCCUUAGUAUUAGUCUGCUUUGAACAUGUUAACAUUCAAACACAUGGGUGUGUGGAAACAGCAGUCUGUGGUCCUAACCCCAAAAGUAAACCUAACUAAUAAUAGUCAAAUGAACAACUUACAGGAAGCAUCAUGGGUUUUGUGGUUUUUUCACUUUGGCUAGAUCACGUGACCAGUAUUUAUGAGAGGCUGAGAUCCUCUAAACCUGAGUUGUUGAACGUGGGUCUAGGGUCCAGAGGUAGCCCAGCUCACUAAAUGGGAGACUUAAAAUAUAAAAGAAUUUCAUUGAGGGCAUUUAUUAAUUAUUGGUAUUCCUCCUGAUGCCAGUGUUGUGCUAGAAACAGAUUUUUGAUGUUUCAGUGUGCUUAUAUUGGUAAAUAGACUCACCAUACAUUUAUGGAGGGGUUAUAUCUAAAAUAAAGACAGGACCUGUUUGUCUGUAUUUCCUAUGUCUAUACAGCCUUACUGCACCUACAUUAUAGUCAGUUCCAUCAGCCCUUUUUGGCCAUUUUAAAUAUCUUAAUAAAACUGUGAUGUUAUGUUUGUUUGCAGCUCUCUGGGACAAAUCUCUGUUGAAAAAAAGACAUUUUUGGUGGCAAUCAGUUUUUACCUGGGUAAAUGUCUGUACAAGUGAUUUUGCCAAAACUUCAUCUCAACAUCUACUUGGUGACAGAAAUGGCUUUCAUGAGAGAUGUGUUUUUGACAGAUUAUCGGCCAUGAGUCAUUUACGACGGUCUACUGUUCAGCACAGCACCCGCAAUUACAGGAAAAUGAAAUAUAUUUUUAGAGAUGAACAAAAGACAUAAAAUACUAUUGCUGUUUUUGAAACUAACUGCUGUGCCUUCACACCAUUCCGUACAAGUGUAAUAUCCAUUUAAAAGAGGAAAACUGUCUUAGUUCACCCAAAGGCUUUUAUCUGCAUCGGAAAAUAUGACCUCAUCACGUAGCCUUGCUGACACCAAGCGACAGGCUUAAGUGACCAGUUGCUUGGUGGCAUAUGUACCAGUGCCAUGUACUAGUACACACAAUGUAGGAAAAAUAAGCAUCGUAAUAUACGGCUGGCUUAUGUUAGUAGUCUUCAUUUUGACAGACCUUUAUAUUUUACAACGUGUACAUUAUGUACUGCAGUGUUCUCAUACACCUAUAUUUAUCAAACUAACAUCUGGAUGUUUCAGAAUUUAAUUUUAAAAAAUCAAACAGAAAGAUACUGACUCACUGUUUUCAUGUUGACAGUUAUUUUCUCUUUCACACUGAGGUAACUUUUCUCAUGAUCCUUAUAAAACACUUCCUGUUGUGUCAGUGGUUUCACUAUGAGCUACAGUUUGGUGUGGUUUAACAGGAGUGGCUCUUCCUGAGUAUGCUUUUAAACUGCUUUAACUUAUAUAUUGACAUAUUAGUUAAUCCAUAAAGUAGAUUCUAUGUUGGUAAACACAAGGUUGAGUGUAUGGAGGCACCAAACCCACAAACCACCAAACCACUGGUCUAAUGUUUUUCUUAUUUUUACUGCUCUUGUGCCUUCUGCCAUGACCCCAAAAUUUCCCACGUUUGGGACUAAUAAAGGUUUAUCUUAUCCCUGUUACCGAACAGCUUCCAGGGUAACUAUUGUGCUUGUUGUGGGGUUUUUAUUUUUUUCACUUUGAGAUUGUAUAAUCUGGCAUACUCUAUCAAGCUACAUGACCUUACAGGUUGGGACUGCAAAAAAAGAAGAAUCCCAUUCCAGUUUGUUGGUGUGUGCUUCCCUGAGUGAAUGUGUUAAAUGCAGAGAGGAAUUUCCCCACGGGGAUCAGUAAAGUAUACAUUAUUAUUAUUCAAGAAUUGCACAUCAAUCAACUCCAAACGUUUUAGUCAUGCUUUUCACAGUUUUGCAACUUGCACAACCCAACCAGACUCCAAAAAUACACUUCUCCAGAAAGUGUAGCUCUUUCUUGAAAACACUGAGAAUGGCAUGUAUUUCCUUGUAAAGUAAUUGUUCUCCUUUUUCUAAUGAAGAAAUGCUAUAGCAUGAUCUACAUCACUGAUCUUAAAUCUUGAAAAUGAGGAAGCUAAUCAGCCUAAACGAAAAUGCAUGUGUUUUUAAACCAACUGUAAGCGUUAGUAGGGGUGUGGUCCACCUUUGGAGAGGAUCCACGGGGUGUUUGGUUUCUUUAUCUUCCUGUGGUGAUUUCUAUGCCAACUUUUGUCUCUUCUGUGUGCAGGAACAUGGCUGAUGGUGACAUGCAGAGAGGUGGGGACACUGUAGAUGCUGCACUUUGUGGAAAUGGGGAAAAUGCAGAGGCUGCAGGAAGUUGCAAGACUACUGAGGAAAAGGACUGGAACAGCAGUAAACCAGAAGCCUCUGAUGUUUACCGCUACAAGAUGGACUACCCCUGCAUUGGCACCUGUGUGAUUAUCAACAACAAGAACUUCCACUCAAAAACAGGGAUGGGCACUCGUAAUGGGACAGAUGCUGAUGCUGCCAAUGUUGCAAAGACCUUCAAAAACCUGGGUUACAAGGUCAAAACAUUAAAUGACCAGACUGUGGCUGAGAUGAAAAGGCUGUUGUUAGACGCAUCCAAAGAGGACCACAAGAACAAUGCAUCAUUUGUGUGUGUGAUGCUUAGUCAUGGGGAUAAGGGUGUCAUAUACGGCACUGACGGCUGUGAAAAGUUUGAUACGCUGGUACAGUGCUUCAAAGGAAAGCACUGCAAGGGUCUGGUGGGGAAACCAAAGCUCUUCUUCAUACAGGCAUGCCGUGGUUCAGCCCUGGAUGAGGGAGUCAUUGAGACCGACAGUGAAGGAGACGAGCAGACGUCUGAGAAGAUUCCUGUGGAGGCCGACUUCUUAUACGCCUAUUCCACCGCUCCAGGAUACUACUCAUGGAGAAACACAAGCAACGGCUCCUGGUUCAUACAGAAGUUGUGUGAGAUGUUGGAGCGCUACAGUGGGAAGCUGGAUCUGAUGCAGAUCAUGACGCGAGUCAGCCACGGUGUUUCACGCCAGUUUGAGUCGUCCUGCAACCUGCCUGGAUUUAGCAACAAGAAGCAGAUCCCCUGUAUCGUCUCUAUGUUGACCAAAGACUUUUACUUCCCCGUCUAGAUUUACAUGGUUGAACCUAAUAUCUACCCUCUGGCCACCUUGAAUGUAUACAGUCUGUUGUGGUGUGCUGAGCAGGAUAACAAUGAUUUAAUUGUCACUAUACCCAAAUGCACUUUGCACUGAGGUAAAAACACAUCAGUGUUGGAUGAUUUUAGUGUUCGGUCUUGUUUGGGAAACGCAAAACACUAUUAGUUCCAUAGUUAAAAAUAUAUUACAAUAAAAAAACUUAUACUGAUGCGACAGCUUCCAUCUUUUGUCAUGUGAUCAUGCUGUAGGUUUGACACUUCAUUGUGUUGCAAUGGCCCAAAGUCCAGACCUCAACCUGACUCAACUGUUUACAUGCAGUAUCUCUCACAGAGGAAACUUUAAUAUCACCUGUCAAAAUCUCACUUGUUUUAUUCUGAAUUUUACACACAGGAAUAAGAUCAUUGAUCCAACUGACCAAAUCAUUCACACAGCUGGUUUGAAACGUUUGAAGAAAAUUCAGGUCAGCUGAUGGUUCAGUAGUAUUUGCUUUAAAAGCAUAUGUGUGGAUAUAACCUGUAACAUAAUGCUAUCACAAACACACCCGAGAUCGUAUGUAGAGCAAAGUUGCACCAGCAAUGUCUAAACUAAAGCAUUAUGGAAAAUUACAUGGGAUAAAUUAUCAAUAUGUUUAAGGGACAAGUAAAGAAGUUCAAGCCUCACAAAUAACUGAACUCAUUUUAUGAAAAAAGCAGUCUUGAUAAAUGAUUACUGAAUUUUGAAUUUGCCACAAUAAAAGACACUUUCACAUUUGAUUGGAUGAAGAA